ACAGAGGCGGCGCUGUCCCUGACCGAGCGGCGGGACUGAGUUAACUGAGGAUAUUUCUGAUGGAUGGUUCCACAGGGAAGGUGAACACCCCUUCAGCUGGAAUGAAAGAUGCACUGUGGUCUGGCCUGACCAAGGAAUAAAGGUGUUGGCCAUUUGUGUUCAUUCUCAGGGUUCAGAGAUGGGCAGUGAGAAGGAGCAGAGUCCAGAACCACACCUGCCUGAGGAAGGGGAAGGGGCUGAGCCUUGGAGAGUGGAUGACUCAGAGGGCUCUCAGACCCCACCUGGGGAGAAGGAGCAUGACCAGGAAAGCCUGUCAGAAAGGCCACAAGAAACCCAUCUCAAAAAGCCACGGCAGAAAGUCACUGUCCCAGCUCAAGAACCAGGAGACUCCAUGACUCAUCCAAGGCUUGAGGUAGACGAGAAGCCCUUUAUAUGUGCCCAGUGUGGCAAAACCUUCAAUAACACCUCCAAUCUGAGAACACACCAGCGGAUUCACACUGGCGAGAAGCCCUACAAGUGUUCUGAGUGUGGCAAAAGCUUCUCAAGGAGUUCUAACCGCAUCCGGCAUGAGCGGAUCCACUUGGAAGAGAAACACUACAAAUGUUCCAAGUGUCAGGAGAGCUUUCGGCGGCGGUCAGACCUCACCACACAUCAGCAAGAUCACCUGGGCAAGCGGCCAUAUCGCUGUGACAUUUGUGGCAAGGGCUUCAGUCAGAGUGCCACACUGGCUGUGCAUCAUCGGACCCAUCUAGAGCCAGCGCCCUACAUCUGCUGUGAGUGUGGGAAGAGCUUCAGCAACAGUUCCAGCUUUGGCGUGCACCACCGCACCCACACAGGUGAGAGGCCUUAUGAGUGUGCUGAGUGUGGGCGGACCUUCAGUGAUAUCUCCAACUUUGGAGCACACCAGAGGACCCACAGAGGGGAGAAGCCCUACCGGUGCACUCUGUGUGGGAAACACUUCUCCCGGAGCUCAAAUCUUAUCCGCCACCAGAAAACACACUUGGGCGAGCAGGCUGGGAAAGACUGCAGCUGAAGGAAGUGCCCAUUUAGAGAGUGACGGACCCAACUUAGUGGAGGAAGAUCUUUAGGAUCUGCUGCUACUUCCUUGACCUCAAGCCCUUCAUCCCACUUUGGAGAAUGGUUUCCUGUUGCCUCUGAAGCCAGGAUAUCCAGGAAGUCCUUAGAAGCAACUCUUGAGUAAAACUCUUUGCCUCUUUCCAGACAAUUUCUUGCCUGGGAAAGUCUGAGAACUAUAAUCUUUGCUUCACCUCCUUGGGGUAAAAGAGAAGUAGGAUAGGCAUGGUCAUGUCAUGAAGGUAAAAGUUCUCUGACCUUGUGAUGGGCAUCAUUGUCUAAAGGUUCUCCAGAUUGUGUAUGAACUGCUUAGAGAAUACCGCUGUGGCCUGCCAGUUCUCAACAACUUUGCUUUUAGUUUUCUGGGCCAGAGGAGCUGCCUUCCCAGUGGAAGGGGGCUCCUUGGUCUGGAGAAGAGGUCUGAGGUCCUGCUUUAGGAAUGAAAGGGAAGCCCUCAGGGAACCAUGAUCCAGGGACCUCUCCCAUGGUUGUCACUUGUUAUCUCCAUGCCAACCUGCCACUGUUUCCCCCAGAGUGAUUAGCAGUAAAACCCUUCAAUGAAAAGGACCUGUGUACUUAUUUGGGACGGUGGGGAACUGGGUAGAUUGUCCUACUGUAGCCCCUCUGGAAGGGAGUUGAAUUCUAAGAAAAACAGGUGGUUGGCUGCUCUGAAAAGCAAGGGAAAGCAAGCAGAGUCUAGGGCUUUUGAGAUCGGGAAAGGGAAAAGAACUAACAUUUAAUGAGUAUCCACUACCUGUAAAGUGUACCAGUCACAUUUACAUUCUUUAUCUCAUUUAGUUGUCACAGCAACCUGCAAGGGAAUAAAAUAAGGGAACAGAAGUGAGGAAAGAGAAGGUCACUUGCUGUGAAAGUCACAUAGCAGGUAUGUGUUAAAGCCAGAAUUCAAAGUUGGGUCUCUCUGAAUCCUAUCUGAUUAUCUUUUCCCUUACAUUCAUCUUGUUGUCUUCUGAUGGAGGAGUUACUUAGGCUGGCCUGGAGCUACUUAGCAGUCUGGCCUGGAGUCAUUGCAGCCUCUUGAUACGAAGACCAAAUGAGAACAUUUUCAACCUCAGAUUGACUGAGCACUUAUUCUGUGCCUAGGAAAAAUGGCAGUGGCAGGAAGUAGGAGUAAGGGGUGGGAUAAAAUGAGGGUAAUCUCAAAACCCAUAACGAGAGUCUUUUGCCUUUAGUAUCAAUAGUUUAGUCCUCAAGGCUGUGACAGCUUGGGAACUCCACAUGGCAAAUUCUGUGUUUUCUACAUGGAAGGUUAGUGUUCACCUAGCUCCUCUAACAAAUACAAAAGAUCCUUAUCUGCCUCUGUUGUCAAACUGAGGCCACUCUCUUCCAGAGUGAGGGUCCUUCAUUUGUAGCCAAGUGGCAGGAGGUGAUUCUGGCAUGAGGCUUGGAACUGACAGGACCCAUGAUCUGACAACAGAUGGGGACUCUGGAAGAGAUAUGGCAGAAAUUUCAUACUCAUCAUCUGUCAAGUAAGAGUUAUCUGCAUUUGACCUAUAUGGAAAUAGACUGACCGUGAAUUGCCCAAGAUUACAAAGCAAGUAAGUGGCAGGGCCAGGAACUGGACCUAUUUCUGGCCAAAUCCAAAGCCUGUAUUUUUUCCAACUGUAAAAGACUUCCCAAGUGAUUCCUUUACAUUUGGGCUCUCUAUAGUUUAUAAGGCACUUUUAAGUCCCACACGUCUUCUUAUUCCUUGAAAAAUCUCCACAUAAAAUACUUAAAACAUGUAGUCACCCAACUUGCAUGUGUGAAUUGGCACACACCCUAACAAUAAGUCAUCAUUUAUCAAACAUCUACGGAAUGCCAUUUAUUGUACACCAAUUAUCUCUUCUUACUAUUCUGAAAGGCAUUAGUGUCUUCAUUUUCAAGAUAAAAUUCUGCAAGGUUAAAUGGUCUGACCUAUUGGCAGAGUUGGGAUUUAAAUCAGGUAUGUCAUUCCAAGGCCAAGCUCUUAUACCUACAGUCAAGCUAGAUCUGCUACUCUCCUCUCAGUCUGGGGAGCUUGGUAUAAUUCUCCUUCCAGACCUGCAGCAUUAGUGAUAACUGCUGUGACUUUUUGGAGUCUCUGCUGCCAGUCAGGCCUAGGACUAGUGUACCAGGCAGCUGUUUGAUCUUGGGACACAAUUUCCUGUCCAGUCUCAUUUGGACUUUUUGACCUAGAGCAGAGGUGGUGUUUCUGUGUUGGUCUAUACUUUUGAGUCCUGACUGGUCCGUUUAUUCAUGGCCUUCCUUUUUUGUCAAAUUCCUGUAUUUUCUUCUUCAUUCCCUUUUUUCUUUUUCUUUCUUCUUCCAUCUGUCCUUUCUUUCCUUUUCUUCCUUUCUUUCCCCUGCCUUCUUUCUCUAGUACCUAGUAAUACUGACAUGAUAACAUGGCCUCUGUGUUUUCUAGUGUAAGAGGUUGGGACCUAAACCCAGAGUUACAAUGCAAGGUGAUAGAUGUCAUUACAGUUGUACCCAGGAUACUACAGGAGCCAGGGGAGAGUCUUAUCUUGGUUUUUACUGGACACUGGGGCCCAAAAGUAAGACAUAAUCCUUCCAGCAAGGAACUCAGAAGAAGAGCAACUCUGUGUACUGAGGGAAUGCAGGUAGGAAUGGCUCUUUAGAGGAGAUGGGAGGCUGAGAAGAUGAUUAAAUCUGGUGAAGAAUGAGUAGGUGUUUACUAGGUAAAGAAAAGGGAAGACGUUUUUGAAGGGGAAGGGGAAGGGGAAGGCCUUGUAUUAGUCAACAAAGGAGUGUUUGAGGUAGUUAAUGUUCUGUUGAGAAGAAAAGCUUGGUAAGGUAGAUGGGCCAGAUUAUGGAGGAUGUUGUAUGUUGGACUAAGAAAUUUUAGACUAUGAAUAAUAGAGAAUUUUAGAGCAGUAGAAUGACAUGAUUACAUUCACUCUUUAGGAAUAACAUUCAGGCUAGUGUAGAGAAUAAUUUGGGAACAUGUCAUAUGUGUAAGCCAGGUGUCAGUUGGGGCCCUUCUGAUUUACAGAGAGCUUUGUGUGAUUGCCUCAGGGUUUGCCAGUUCCACUGAAUGAGAAAGUUCAAACCUCCAUGUGGUUUCUGCACAUUCCUGGAACUUAGGACUCAUGGUCCCCUUUGUAUUAGGUUCCUGUGUGAUACAGCUGUCUCUAGUUUUCCUCCAUUACCGCUGUCACAGAACUCAGCUUCAUCAACUUCCCCAAGAAAUUCUAUCACAUCAAGAAGUUUGCAACUUUAGAAUCCCUUCUAGAGAUUGGGAAGGAUCACGUCAUGACAUGUCAUUAGUUUCCUCUCUUUCCUCUCAUCCCUGCUCUUAUCCCAUACUUCCUGUUUUGUCAUACAAGUCUGUGGGACAUCUUAAUAUAGAUGGUAUUUUACUAUUACCACAGAUCAUUUCCUUUCUACACAUUUUAACAUCUCCAAAAUUGAAAUAUGUCUUUAAUUGAUGUUCUAGAUGAAGUGAAACAUCAUAUUAAAAAAGAUAUGAGGCAGUAUCAGCAGGAUGGCAAAUAGGAAGCUCCAGUCCCUGUUCCUCAGUGGGGAACAAUUUAUAGACCAAAAUACCUUAUGAGAACUCUAGAAAUCAGUUAGGAAGUUUUGCUACCCUAGUCAAGUAUGGAGCCAAGAAGAGCCACAUUCAGCAGGUAAGAAGAGCCAUGUAAUUUUAUCUAUGAUUUCCCCUUCCCCAAACCAGUGAAGCUCAGCUCAGGUCACAGAUAUUCCCUUAGAGGAAAAAAGAGAAGAGUGGAAUGUAUAACUAGUAUUCUGGAUUUUUAGAGUGCUAUCCAAGGACUGGUUCCUCUCAAGAUUGGGAGAAGGCUUCCAACUCAGGACUCCUCCCAGGGAGGGAGAAGAGUAGAGCAUAUGUCUGAUAUUCCACCUUUUUGGAGAACUGCCCAAGGAAGUGAUAUUUAUUUUACCCACUUAAGGGUGCUGAUGGGGAACCAGUGUAAUUUGAAUACCUGGGGGCCACUAAGCACAAAGCAGAGAAUGGAGGCUUGCUGCUGUAGUUACAGAACCUGUAGUGCCAUAGUCAAACACUAGAGAGAACAAGAGAUGAGCUUUUGAAAAAAAACUGUAAAACCUCUCUAAUUAUAAAAUUACAAAUAUAAACCUAGGGAAUUCACAUCCCUUCAGAAAGAAUUCAGAGGCCCCUAGAAUCUAGAUGGGCUGUUUAUUGAAGGUAUUCCUAUGUAUGAAGCCAGUCCAUUAAAAAUUUAAAAAGAUUUUGGGACCAGCUGAUGGUGUAAUGGUUACGUCACU